AUGACUCAAUCCAUGUCUCACAAACCCUCCAUUGACUCGUGCGUCUUACACCUCCGUAACUGGAAGCCCUUCCACCUCCCCCAAAAAAAAGACACCUCCCACAACAACAAACGCCCCUGUCUCUCCGACCGAACCACCACUUCCUUUUCCCUCGACCUCUCCAAACUAACCCUCGCCGAUGACGACAACAGACCAAUCAACCGAACCGGGAGCUACCGUCUCGUUGCCCGCAAGCGACGCCGUCGUGGUUCCAGAUCUGUUUCCGGCCGGAGUAGCGAGCGGAGUGCUACGCGACGUUGCUGUUCCGUUGGGGCUUCUGCUGCUUAUGGAACUUGCUCUGAUUUUCCGGUGGCUAUGGGGACUGAUUCGAGUGGGGAGCUUUUUGGGAAUGGGGAUGCGAAUUGGGCUUCUGAUGUGAGUGAAGCUAAGAAUUCCAGGGAGUGUGGGAGUGGAGAGAAGGAGAAGGAGAAGGAGAAUGUCGGGGUUGGGUUUGGGGUGAAUGGGUGUUCUGAUGCCAAUGGAAAUGAAUCUGGGUAUGGGAGUGAACCAGGGUAUCGCGGGGAUGCUGAAUUUGGGUAUGGGGAUGAGUUUGAUGAGGAAGAGGAUGAUCAUAGAGUCUUGUUUUGGGGAAACCAGCUCGGAGGAGGUGCAGAUUCAAAAAUGGAGAUGGUUGGGGAAAACACCUUGCUAGAUCAAAAAUCUCAUCAUAGAUGCCGCCGCAGAAAGAAUGAUUGUAGAAUGAUUGAUGCAUUAAGGUGA